UUUCAGCCCAGUCCGUCACCAACCAUGUCCCCAUCCAUUCUCCCAGCAGCCUGAUGCCGCACCCAAAUGCUGCUGACCGUGGUUCUGAGCGGAGACUCCGGCCCUACACACCAACAGAGACUGAGAGUAAUCCGAGUUACGAGAACGGACCUGAUUGCCAGGACAGCGACGCUGAAGACAACGGAUACAUAAAGGUUCUUCCUGAAACGGAUCAGAGUCGGGCCUCCACUCCCAGCUCAGAUAAUCAUAACUACGUGAACGUUGAAGAAGCAAUAAUCAAACCAGAACCAGAACCAGACUCGGACCCAGAAUCUGAGCCCAACUACCUGAACCUGAACGAGAUGGACCCGCCCAGUGCCACGGCAGACAUAUUGGGUCACAGUGAGCCGGAGGAGGAUGACGACGAUGAUGAUGAUGACGACGAUGAUGAUAACUAUGUGAAUCAGCCGCCUAUGAUCCACUGUUAGCCCGGCAGCGCCUGGUGGGGGGAACCGACCCGACUUCCUCAUCUUCAUCAGAACCCUGACCCUGCCAGAGGCCAACGUGUUUCGGUUUAGCUUCGCUCUUAUCCAUACGCUGCAGGGUCGGGUCCGGCCCGGUUCCAACCCUGCAGCCGGCCCAAAGGAUUCCUACUUCCAGCAGAUUUAGGUCUGAACUGGUCUUUAGAUUUAACCGGCUGGUCUUGAUUCUGGGUCCAGAACCAACUGAUCACGGAUCUAAAGGAUGAUGGUGAAGAGGCCUUCUAGGCUCCUCCAUGAGAAGACUGUCUGUUAGCAUCAGCGCUAGGACCCGCUCAGCGCUUAUUAUCCAGAUGGAAUUUAAACAGAGACUCUUCUUCUGCUGAAGUCUUUUCCAGUCAGCGUUCAAACCUAAAUCUGCUGGGUGUGAAUAGAUUCAGGCCCAGCUGUGUCCCAAUAAACCAGAAGUAGAACAUUGAUAGACGGUCGUCCAUCAUGUCUCCAUACCAGCCGCCUGCUUCUGACAUAAACUAGUUUUAUUUUAACAGACCAAAACCAGAACCUCUGAAGGAGAUCAACCGGGAUCUGAACCAGCAGCUCCUGCUUAGUUAAACAGCCAGAGAUGGUUCAUCAUCUGCUCACCUGUGAUUGGCCGUCCGUCACUUCCUGCUUUAACGGACUGGCUUUGGUUAAACCUCUGAGCAGGAAGUAGUAUGAAUGAAACCUGACCUGGAUCAACAGAAACGCUGGAGAGUCGGAUCCAUCGAUCCAGGGAUCCAUCGAUCCGGUGAUCCAUGGAUCCGGGGAUCCAUCGAUCCGGGGAUCCAUCGAUCCGGUGAUCCAUGGAUCCGGGGAUCCAUCGAUCCGGGGAUCCAUCGAUCCG